GUGAAAUUUAGAGAAUCAGUUUUUUUGGCGUUUAUAAUUUUUAAUACUUGUAAUAUAGAUAUAUACGAUAAAUUGAAAGGAUUGGAUCGUAGGUCAUUUGAAAGAUUUGAACUAUUAUGUCUACAAUUAAAUCACAGCUACGUUGAUCAGAUAAAGCAAAUGGCAAAUAAACUAGGAAACAUAAGAAACGUGGAACUUUUAUUAAAUGAACCAAACAUCAUCAGGGUACUACUGGAAUUACAGGGAAUAUUUCCAGGAGUAAGAUCUUUGGCUUUCAAUAUUUCUACUAAAAGCCAAUUUCCUUUGCAUUCAAUCCUACCAUUAUUUUGUCCUGAAAAAAUCAAAGAAAUUCAAAUAGGCACUAAUAGUUACUUACAUGAAUACUUCAUAAAUUUGAUAAAAUUAUUCCCAAAUAUAGAGACGCUUAUCGUGAAUUCCAUAUCAAGAUUCCUUUCAAAUGAAUCUUUGCAACUGUUGUCUAAUACUCGCCUUCAGAAGUUUAGUCUAUCUGUUGACUAUGCAAUACCGCGGGUUCACUACUAUAUUGGUUUAGCCAAGGACUUGCUUAAGAAUUGUGGUUCGACUCUUCAACUUGUCAGAUUUAGCACGGGUCCAUCAACAUUUUUAAUAAUCGACUUGUUUUAUGGCCCAAAGGAAAAUGACUAUAAAGAAGUCAAGCAACACAUUAGAAGCUUAGUAGACUGGGUAAAAGAAAGAUUACAUGAAUAUCCUAGACUACAAUAUUUCACAUUUUACAAUUAUCUGUUCUUUAUAGACAGACAAGUAGAGCCAUGUCAAUGGAUUGAAAUCAGUGGAUGGGAGUUGUGAAAUCCAUGCAAAAUUCUUCAGUAUAGUAUCAAAGCUUUUUAACUUAGAAUGAAAAAAAUCACCGUAUGUAGUUAAAUAUUUAAAUUAUUAUAGGAAUAUUUAGAGAGCGAGGAAAUAUGACCAUUUGUCGUACUAUGAAACAUAAAAUUUGCUGCAUUAAUUCAUUAACUUCUCAUCCAGUCACGCAACCGUUCAAC